AUGGCCGAUCGCGAUAGCGCGUCCGAGAGCGACUCCAGCUCGAUCGACGGCGGGCCGAUCAUGAUGCCGCCGUCGCCGGUCACGCGCGAGCAGCUGCAGAAGCGCAUCGACUCCCUGCAGCAGCACAACCGCGUGCUCAAGGUCGAGCUCGAGACGUACAAGCUGCGGGUGAAGGCGCUGCAGGAGGAGAACCGCGGCCUGCGCCAGGCGUCUGUCAUCAUACAAGCGAAGGCCGAGCAGGAGGAGGAAUUCAUAAGCAACACCCUGCUGAAGAAGAUCCAGGCCCUGAAGAAGGAGAAGGAGACCCUGGCGCACCACUACGAGCAGGAGGAGGAGUGCCUCACCAACGACCUGUCGCGGAAGCUGAACCAGCUGCGGCAGGAGAAGUGCAAGCUCGAGCAGACGCUGGAGCAGGAGCAGGAGUGCCUGGUGAACAAGCUGAUGCGGAAGAUCGAGAAGCUGGAGGCGGAGACGCUGGCCAAGCAGAGCAACCUGGAGCAGCUGCGGCGCGAGAAGGUCGAGCUGGAGAACACCCUGGAGCAGGAGCAGGAGGCGCUGGUGAACAAGCUGUGGAAGCGAAUGGACAAGCUCGAGGCCGAGAAGAGGAUGCUGCAGAUCAAGCUGGACCAGCCCGUCUCGGACCCCACCUCGCCCAGGGAGAUCAACAACGGCGACACCGCCACCAAUCUGAGCACGCACAUUCAGACGCUGCGAAGCGAGGUCGCCCGACUGAAGCACACCUUGCUGAUCUCGCAGCAGGAACAUACGGAAAAGAUGAAGCGGUACGUUAACGAAGAGAAGCAGAUACGCGAGGAGAAUCUGAGACUGCAGAGGAAGCUGCAGCUGGAGGUGGAGCGUCGCGAGGCCUUGUGCAGACACCUCUCCGAGUCUGAGUCCAGACAUGAUUUUCGCAGCUUGGAGAUGGAGGAGGAACGGCACUACAACGAAAUCGUCAUGUCAGGGGGGAACAUAAGGACCCGCACGGUGUCCAGUCCUGUGCCCUACAAUCCUUCGCCUAGUUCCUCGAGGCCACUAAGUCCCGGUGUUAACGUGCUAGGUUCCACGUCCAGAGAGGGCUUCAGCGCAAACCGGUGCUACGCCUGCGGCCAGCCGACUCCCCCUCCGUACGCGAGCUCGUCGCCUCCCUCAGGGGGACACAUCGUGGCACCAUCCAGCAGACGCACCUCGGAUCGUUUCGUCAAGCCGGCGAUCCCGCCCACCAUCGUGAGCCCCGGCGGACCGCCGGCCAUCGUCCCGAAUCCCACGGCGAACCCCGUCGCCGCGCCCCAUCCGGGAUCACCGAUGGACAUCGCGAAAACAUAAGUCGCCAAGUCGCGGAGAGGGCUCUCUCCCGCAGAAAAAAAAACCCCUUUUACAUAUAGUCGUGCGCAAGGUACUUCUCUAAACGGUGCGUUUCCAGCUAAGAGAUACGCGAGGAAGUCGACCCGCGCUUCGGUCUUGAGACACCGCCGUCGGCGCUUUUUCUUCUCGGAUGUUUCCGUUUGUUAACUGCUACUUCAGCUCUAAUGUGUAACACACGGGCUACGGCUA